UGUAAAUAAAGUUAUUCUCAAAACAAGAGAUGUUGAUAAUGGUUUGAGGAUACGAGGAUUUAUCAAAUUGGAAACAUUUCAGAUAGCACCAAUAAAUCGUAACGUCACUUUGAAUGAGAUCCCAAGAGAUUGGAAUGACAUCAGAGAAGAAAGAGAUACCAACAAAGAAACGGGAUCCAAUCGAUCACAUCGAGCUGAAUUAUCCAAAUGGUGAUAUUGUGGCUUCCAUGACAAACAAUGCACCUAAGAUUGCUAUGAAAUGAAGCAAUGGGGCUUUACUUUGUGCAUGGGGAUUGUGCUGUUUAGAAAGGAGAUGAAUAGCCGAACUUCAUUUUGGGGAUUCUUGGAUGAUUUAUGCAUGGCAGUAGAGGAUGAGAGAGAAGAUGACCAAGAUAUGAUCAAUAAGGUUCUCCUUGGUGGUGACAUCAUAUGGAAUAACAGCACUGACCAACCACCCAUAAAUGAUCCUUUUAGUAACCUUGGUAACAUAACUGGAAAGACAACAGAUGGCCUUGUUGUGAGAGCCCUGUCUUCAAAAGAUUUUUGCAGAUUAACAUGUUUCAAAGACAGGAAACACUAUGUGCGACAUACUCGAUUUGACCACAAAAAUUGGUUAUUGAACAACGACUGGGAAAAUGCGUUCUAUGAAGCGAAUGACUUUAAAGGUUUAAUAAAUG